ACUGCCAUGUUUGCAUUUUGCAAUUGACUACACUCGUAUUUGCUAAACAGAUUUGUGACUAAAAAGCACAUUCUAUCGGUAUUCCAUUGAGAUAUACAGCUUAUAAUUGGGAUUUUUGAAUUACACUGAUAACUCGAGACUCAGUGUUCAAUGAAGAGUGAUUUAUCGUAGAAAGAAAGAAGGAGGAUAACAAAAUGUCUGAAGUGUCAACUGCGCCAUCUCCAAAUUCUGCCUCAUCAAGAGGGGUUAUAUCGAGGCAAUCUGGCAGAGUAACGUUUCCACAAUCUGCGAAAUCAAUGUCGUCUUCAAAAUCUGUUGUUGCUGUCAUAGAAAAUUCUCCUGAUGUAAAUCCUUUCAAAGUUCCUCCAGAUCAGGAUAUCUUUAUGCUGAGAGAUAAAGAAAGACAAAGGAAAAAAGAGGAAAGAGAUCAACAACGCUCACUCAAAGUUCAUGAGAAGACAACUUAUGCUUCGAGAGUCAAUGCUAAAACAGCAGCAAUGAGAAAAGGAGUUCUCGGCACGGAUGAAGAUGAAACAUUGGAGGAAGCUGUAAAGGGAAUGGGUGUCAAAGAUGAUCCUGGUUGGACAUUAGCUGUCACAAGAGAUCGCAAUGUUGAGAAAGAAGACCUUGCAGACUAUGUGUCAAAAAAACGACAAAUGUUUCUUGUUCAAUAUUCACUUGCUGUGAAACGAGAUGAAAUGAGAAAGCUGGAAGAACUAGCUGCUGCCGAAGAACGAAAAUUAGAACGAGCUGAGAAAUUUUUGGAAGAAGACGCUGCUAUGUUCGAUGAAUUUUUGAAAGAAAACGACAGAAAUUCAGUAGAAGCCAUAAAAGUUGCCGAAUCAGAAACGAAAGCCAAGUUGGAAAAAGUUGCAGAGAUCAAGAAGAACACGGCAAUGAUGAUGGCAAUAAGAAGUGAAAUAUCGAAACAUGAAGAAACUUUAAAGGAAUACAUGUUGUACAAAAACUUUUUAAGUAAAUUGACACCGAAUGAAUGGAAGGAAGAGAAAUCAGCCAUCAAAACCGAAAAAAGAAAAGCAAGAGUGAAAGAGCAAUCUUCCAGUCAGCAUCAUCCAACUCCAAUUGAAAGACGUUCCCAAAUGUCUUCUGCUAGGAAGAGAGGAGACACAGAAAGUCGUAGCUCAAGUCGUGGACAAUCUAGAGAUUCUGCCCAUCAUAAAAGAAGUAUUUUACGAGGAUCUGCUGUGAGUCGAGGUACAAGGAAUCUAUCUACUCCAAAGAGUGUAACUGAUUCUGAAAGUAUUCGAUCUGUUGAGGCAACAUUCUCAGAAGAUGAUAGUGAUGACGAACCUGAUCUAUAUUUCGCUGAUCCUAAACAACUUCUUGCGAUAUUUCAAGAACUAGAAGAACAGAAUUUAUCAUUGAUCACAAACAGCCAAGAAACAGAAGAGGCAAUGGAGGAAUUGAAACAAACAAUUCAACUCACAAAAGAAAAAUUAGAUCGUGAAACAGGGAUAUUGAAGUCUCAGAUCAGUAUUUUGAAAGCAACUAUCAAAAGAGAAGAAGAAAAAGCUGAUGAUUUGGAAUUGAAAUCAAAAAUGUUUUCUUAUGGCGAAUUUAAAGCUGAAGACCAAGAAAAGAUGUUGAGACAACUUCAUAGGAAAGUUGAAGAAGUGUUCAAAGCAUGUAUUGGUGAAAAUGAGGCAAACAUAAGUACAUUACAAAUGCUGACGACAAUUGAAAACAAAUUGGAAGAAUUAUUUGAAAGUAUUGAAAUUAUGCCACCAGAACUUGUUGAGGCUGCAGAAAAAGCAAAGGAGAAAGAACGUAGGAUGCGACUGAGAGAAGAAAAACUUGCAGCUCAGCGUGCACAUCAAGAAGAAAGAGUGAGGAAGGCACUCGAAAGAGCAAAAGCUGACCCUAAAAAGAAGGGUGGUAAAAGAUUGGUAUACAGAUCAGAACCUCCUCAGAGAAAACAAAAGGAAAGCAAAAAGAAAGAUGCAAGAGAUAAGGAAGAAGAAGAAUUACAAUAUUAUUUUACAUAGUGUUUGUUAUUUAUUAAUCGAUGAUGAACUAAAUCAGAUGUUCAUUAUACUAUUUACUUAUCUAUUUAUAAUGGUGCUCUUAGGACGCUAAAUCCUAUCUAGUUGGUAACUCAUAAAAGAUUUAUAUAAUAUCUUUUCAUACUGUUGCCAGUAUAUAAGUGAUAUUUUUCUGUGUGGCAUAAUGUCUUCAGAAUUAUUGUUUUCUUCUAUUUGUUUUGAGAAUGCUUGCAUUAUAGAAUAAAAUUUGCAGUUGAGACUUUUUUCGCAGAGUAGUGCUAUGAUGCUAUUAUUGAACAUUUCAUUAUCUGCUUAAGACAGUGAAUAUUUUGCUCUGAAAAUUUUUAAUCGUCAAGACUUGCUUUUUUUCUUGAUUGAUUACUGUUUGGUAAUAUUGGUAUAAUAAUUUCAUUUCAUAAUAAUCGUCUCUUUACUAAAAUCCUGUAUAGUAUUAUCUUUUCAUGCCAUUUUUUGUUUUGUCGAUUGUUUUUCAAUUUAUACCCUUCCCUCUAAUGCGUAGUUUAUUGGAUUCUGAAACGCUUUCAUUAAAUAUAAUUUUC